AUGGCUACAGAAGAUAGUGCGGUAGACGGGAAAGAGAAUGAACAUGAGGAGCAACAGGAACAGCAACAAGAACCUCAACAGGCUGAAGAACACAAGGGUGCUGGCGAUUCAAUCGUCGGUCUACCGCAGGAGUUGCUGCUUCGUCAUCCACUACAGUCGAGAUGGGCCCUGUGGUACUUGAAAGCUGAUCGAAAUAAAGAAUGGGAGGAUUGUCUUAAGAUGGUAUCGCUCUUUGACACUGUGGAGGAUUUUUGGGCGCUCUAUAAUCACAUACAGACAGCAAGUGGUCUCAACUGGGGCUCUGAUUACUACCUGUUCAAAGAGGGAAUCAAGCCUAUGUGGGAAGAUGAUAGCAACGUAAAAGGAGGUCGGUGGUUAGUUGUUGUAGAUAAACAGCGUCGCGCGCAGCUUCUAGAUCACUACUGGUUGGAGCUUUUAAUGGCAAUCAUCGGGGAACAGUUUGAAGAUUUGGGAGAGUACAUCUGUGGCGCUGUGGUAAACGUACGGCAGAAAGGAGACAAGGUGUCACUAUGGACUCGUGAUGCUACUCGCGACGAUGUGAACACCCGGAUUGGGCUAGUGCUCAAGGCGAAGCUAGAUAUCCCGGACUCGGAGCCGCUUAGAUAUGAGGUGCACAAGGAUUCGUCCGUCCGUACUUCAUCGAUGGUGAAGCCAAGAAUCAUGAUUCCGAACAAAGAAGGGGCCGCUGCUGCGGCACGUUAG